ACGAAGGCUUCGCUGGCAGAAGCGGAGAUGGCGACGGCGUUCGUAUCGUGGUGCAUUGGGCAGCUGCGCGGCAGCUUUGGGUUGGAUGUCAGCGAGGAGAUUAUCCAAUAUAUUUUGUCUAUUGAUGAUGAGGAAGAGAUUCGAGAGUAUGUCACUGACUUAAUCCAAGGGAAAGAUGGCAAGAGGAAGUACUUUGUAGAUGAGCUCAUAGCCAGGUGGAAACAGUCCUGUUCUACAACUUCUGAUCCUUUGCCACUAUAUCAGAAAAAGGAUGAUACUUUGGAUACUCCUCGGCCAGGAGACCAGACAAAGAGAGGAAGGCAUAAGGGGAGAAAUAAACAGGAAGCACCUAUUUAUGUUGAAGCCAGCCAGCCUGUAGAAAAAGUAAAAACACCACUUGAUUUAGCCAAGGUCCAGGAGGUCCCGAGAGGUAGCAGCUCCUCUUCCUCCAAGAAGAAGGCCAAAUACAUGAAUUUGUACACAAAAGAAGGUCAGGACAAGCUGGCUGUCAUGCUUCCAGGGCGCCAUUCCUGUGAAUGCCUGGCCCAAAAGCACAAGCUCAUCAACAACUGUUUGACGUGUGGGCGCAUUGUCUGCGAACAAGAAGGGUCUGGGCCUUGCUUAUUCUGUGGAACUCUGGUGUGCACCAGAGAAGAACAGGAUGUCUUGCAGCGGGAUUCUAAUAAAAGCCAGAAGCUGCUAAAGAAACUUCUAGGUGGUGCUGAAAAUUCUGGGAAGAUGGACACAAAUGACAAAGAUUUACCCCAACAUCGGGAAGCUCGACUUCAAUCAGGUCUGGAGAUGGCUGUGAAGCAUAAAGACAAACUGCUAGAGUAUGACAAAAUGAGUGUGCGACGAACUCAAGUCAUUGACGAUGAGUCAGAUUACUUUGCGACGGACUCCAACCAGUGGCUGUCAAAGCAGGAGAGGCAGAUGCUGGAGAAGAGAGCGAAGGAGCUGCGUGAGCUGCGGCACGCCUCGCGGCUGUCCAGGAAGAUCACCAUCGACUUUGCUGGUCGGCAGUUCCUGGAGGAACACGACAGCCUGGCGGAAUAUCACAGCAAGUUGGAUGAAACAGUCGAAGCUAUCAACAGCGGCACUUUGAUCAAGGCAAAGCAAAAUCCAGACAGGAAACUUGAAGAAUUGGGAGUCUUGGUGAAUCCUCACAUUCUCCAGCCAGCUCCUGUGUGGGUGGACCAGGCUGGUUUGCUCUCACACCGGAAAAUGGACUUUCCUGCAGAGAGUGGGAACCCCGCAGAUUUGGAAAGAAGUCGCCUACGGAUUCAGGACCGAGAGAUACAGGAGAUUUCAGAUGACGGCUGGUGUCUGAGCCUGCAUCAGCCUUGGGCCUCCUUGCUGGUCAAAGGAAUCAAGAGGGUGGAAGGCCGAAUUUGGUACACAUCACACAGAGGCCGGCUAUGGAUAGCGGCCACAGCAAAAAGGCCUACCCUCCAGGAAAUCUCUGACCUGGAGGCCACGUACCGAAUGUUACUACAGGAAGAUUUGGAAUUUCCCAAGGAUUAUCCCUCCGGCUGCCUCCUCGGCUGCGUGGACUUGAUUGACUGCCUGUCGCAAGAGCAAUUUAGGGAACAGUAUCCCCAGCUGAGCCAGGAGUCAGCUUCUCCAUUUGUCUUCAUCUGUUCUAACCCCCAAGAGAUGGUUAUUAAGUUUCCCAUCAAAGGCAAACAUAAAAUCUGGAAGCUGGAUGCAAAGAUUCAUCAGGGAGCAAAGAAGGGGUUAAUGAGGCAGAAAGUAGCCGUGUGAGCCCCCAGAGGACAUUUCCUCCUCCUUCCCCACUGCUGGGCCCAAGAGAAGAAUGGCUCUCAACAGCCUGAGACUUCAGGAGUGGAGGCCCCAGGAGCGCUGAGGAGGAAGCACAGGCACACGGUGAACUCAAGGGUUUGGCUCAGAAGAAAACAAAGAAGGAAAUUGCUGUUAACUUACAUCAUUAUAAACAAAGCC